AUGAAGCAAACUCCGCGCCACGUAGCCGUCGCCAUUCCCUUCUGCCCCGCGACCCACCGCGUCCUCCUCAUCACCUCACGCAAGCAUCCAAAUCUCUGGAUCCUUCCAAAGGGUGGCGUUGAUAACGGCGAGACUUCGGGGCAGGCGGCUGCACGCGAGGCGCAGGAAGAAGGCGGCCUCCCCAUCCCCCAUGCAAUCUCAGACGAGCUAAACGCACAUCAGCCCCUCGCGCCGCCCGGCAAGCGCCAGGAGAUCUGGCACGCGCACGCGCUCGAGAUGGCGAGCGAGGACCUGGACGCAGUCUGGCUCGAGCAGGGCCAGCGCGAACGCGGGUGGUUCACGGCCAAGGAAGUGAUCAAGGCCCUGGAGAAGUGGGGCCCACUCGUCGAGGGAGAGGGGGAUAUGAGUCGCGGCGCGCCGAAGAAGAAGGCUAUCAAGAGUGAUGCCAUGCUCCGGGCGUUCCGGGCGUUUCUCUUGCGGUAUGGGUGGGAGACGUAA